GCACAGCGUCUCCUCAAACUUUCGAUUUUGAGUUCUUCAAGAUGCUUUGACAGUUCAGCGAAAUUUUCGGGGAUCUCUCGCUGGCGUUUUGGGCUUGCUUGUUCCCUUCCCUUUUCUUUUCCUUUCGCGUCUAAUCCUCCUGGUUCGCUCAUGACCCCGUCGCAUUAUUAUGUUCGACAAGCAGAAUUGCACUGCCAUUCCCGAUGCUGUGCCCAGUGAUGCAGGCAUCGCGGGGGCCGGCGUCCUCCUCUCCUCAGUCAUAACAGCCGGCCUGGCCCUAGGCAUAUCCGCCAGCCUUGUACUGCCCGAAAUAUGGCGCUCUCGUCGCUCGGCCUCCUCCUCCUCCUCCUCCUCCUCUAAUAAUAAUAACCCCAGCAACCCAUCCGUGAUCCGACGCAAACUCCUCAACAGCUACUCCGACCAGCAGAUCAUGGUCGGGAUCGGGCUGCAGAGCGUCGGACUCGCGAAGUCGCAGUCGCUGGUGCCGUACCACUUCUUCCUGAUCUGGAUGCUGGCGCUACUCUCCACGGCGACGCACAACGCGGCGCUACUAGCGCUGGUGCACGACUUCAAGCGCGACUGGGUGCUGCGCUGGAUGCGCCAGCUGCUGAUGUUCGUCAACCUGGCGCUGAGCUGCGUGUACGGCGUGUACCUCCUGCAGACCAAAGUCAAGGGCCUGCCCGGAACGCUGCCCAUCGGCUGUGUGUGGGUGUUUGAUUCGACGAGUUCGAACGUGGGUGGCCUGGACUACGUCGGGACUAUUGUUGCGAUCGCGGGGAAUUGUGUCGUGUUUGGGCUAGCCACGUGGUACCUGCAGAGUCGGCGCCAGCGCUUCUACAAGGCGAUUCAGCUGGCUGGUUUGGUGCUGAUGUGCGCCAUCGCCAUUGGAGCCACGGUCCGCGCGUACAUCCUGUCGCAGGCGUUCGGCAACCCCGAUGUGAAGCUCAGUGAUGAAGGCGAAAAGCAGUGGAGCUUUGGCCAGCUGCUUUCCCUCCUCAUGUUGAUCCUUCCUGUCAUUUCAGUUAUCGAGAUCAUGCGGGGAGAGAUAGCUGUCGCGCCGCCGGCUCAGGACGAGGACAAGCGGGCAUUGUUUGACGGGGAGAUGGCGGCGAGGUAGCGAAUGAAGAUUGUUAAGCGACUAAUUGAUUCCAUACUGAGUAUCUAUGCUAACUAAAGUCUAAGGCGGCAAUAUGUCAACAGUUGUUGUCUAAGUAAUCAGAAUAGCUGUGAGAGUGAAGCUCAUGUCAUAUGCAUCCCUGCGCAAGCAUGGCAGCGAAUGAAGAAUAUGGAUUCUUA